CGCUCACACACUCUCGCAGUCCGACAUGGCCGCCGCGUCGUCGUCUGCGCUCGCCGAAGAGCAGGCGCGCAUCGAGAUCGGCAUCAUCGGCAUGGGCGACAUGGGCCGCCUGUAUGCGCAGCGCUUCGCCGACGCCGGCUGGCAGCACGUCAACGUGUGCGACCGGGAAGAGAACUAUGCAAAGCUGGCCGAGGAGUUCAAGGACUCGCCGCUCACCGUCUGGCGCGACGGGCACUACGUCUCGCGGCGCUCCGACCUCAUCAUCUACAGCGUCGAGGCGGCCUACAUUGACGCCGUCGUCGGGCUGUACGGGCCGUCGACGAAGCAGGGCGCCAUCGUGUCGGGCCAGACGUCCGUCAAGGCGCCGGAGCGCGCAGCGUUUGACAAGCACCUGCCCGACGACGUGCACAUCAUUUCGUGCCACUCGAUGCACGGCCCGCGCGUCGACCCGACGGACCAGCCGCUGGUCCUGAUCCAGUAUCGCGCGCCCGACGAGAAGAUGCGCCUCGUCGAGCGCAUCAUGGCGUGCUUCAAGAGCCGCUUCGUGUACCUCUCGUACGAGGACCACGACACGGUGACGGCCAACACGCAGGCCUGCACGCACGCCGCCUUUCUCUCGAUGGGCACGGCUUGGCGGUGCUCCGAGGCGUACCCUUGGGAGACGGGGCUGUACCCCGGCGGCAUCGAAACGGUCAAGAUCAACAUCAUGCUGCGCAUCUACGCGGCCAAGUGGCACGUGUACGCCGGGCUCGCGCUGCUGAACCCCGCGGCGCGCACGCAGGUGCAGCAGUACGCCGACAGCGCGACGGCCAUGUUCAAGCUCAUGGUCGCCGAGCGCGAGGAGGCGCUGCUGCAGCGUGUGUUCGAGGCGCGGCGCGGCGUGUUCGGCUGGGCGGACGACGAAGAGGGCGCGGGCGGCGCACGCACACGCGGCGACGACGCCGAGGGGCCGCGCGAGCGCAAGCCGAUCCUCAUGAGCGACCGCCUGCUCGACCGCUUCCACCUCGUCGCACGCAAGGCCGUCGGCGAGGACUCGGCGCCCGCGCCCGCGCCGCCGCCGAACUCGCACCUCGCGCUGCUCGCCAUCGUCGACUGCUGGCACCUGCUGCGCAUCGACCCGUACGCGCACCUCGACCUCGCCGCCACGCCCAUCUUCCGCCUCUGGAUCGGCGUGUGCGAGUACCUCUUCCGCUCGCCGGCACGCGUGCGGGCGUCGGUGCGCGCGGCCAUUCAUGACCACGACUUUCGUGCCGACGACACCGAGUUUGUCGUCGCCGCGCGCGGCUGGGCGCAGGCGGUGCGAUUUGGCAACUUUGAGCUGUAUCAGUGGCGCUUCGAGAGCACAAGUGCGUUCUUUGCGCCGCGCUUCGACGAGGCCGCCGUCAUCGGCGCCGAGAUGCUCAAGGCGGUCGCCGCGCUAGAGCAGCAAUGAACGUGCAUCACAUGCA